GUUAUACCACGUCCAACGUCCAUAACAAAUGCCCAAAUCGCCCCGUUCCGAAGUGGAAAUAACAACCGAGACAACAAGCAAUGGCAGUAAGGAUAUAUGUGAUACCAGUUUGGCCUCUCUGCAGAGUUGGCUUAAGAAGACACCACAUUUAAAGGCCCGACCGGAUCCGAAAUCGCUGUUGGCAUUUUUACGCUAUUGUCGUUUCGAUUUGAAUGAGACGAAGAAACGUUUGGAUAGUUUUUAUUCCCUGAAGGGUGUUUUUCCAGAAGUUUUAAUGAAUCGCCGCUUGGACGACCAUAUGAUGACACUGUACAGGCAAGGCAUCCACACAAUAUCUCUGAAAGCAACAUCCAGCGAUGGUCCUCGUUUUGUCAUAUCACAGUAUAGCAAAUAUGAUCCAAAGAUAUGUAAUGCCAACGAUAUAUUUAAAUUACUCUUCAUGCUAUUGGAAAUCCUGACCAUGGAGGAGGUGACUGCCGGUGCAACCGGAAUCGUAUACAUUGUGGAUGCCCGUGAUGUCUACAUGGAACAAAUGAUGCAAUAUCAUCCUUCAUUGCUGAAGAAAACCUGGAUGCUGAUGGAACAUUGUUUUCCUUUGGAAUUCAAGGAGAUCCAUUUGCUUAAUGUGCACAAAGAGAGGCGGACCAUUUUUAAUUUCAUCACAUCGUUCCUACCCAAAAAACUUUGCACAAAGUUUGUGUUGCAUGAAAAAGCGGAGGAUUUGUAUGCCCAUAUACCGCGAGAUGCCAUGCCCGUGGAAUAUGGCGGUCAUAAUGGCUAUCAGUUCGAAGCUCUAAAACAUUGGGAGUUAAUAAUGCUGAAAUACCAGGACUACUUUGCCACAGAUGAUAAUUAUGGAACGAAUGAAAAACUACGAGUUAGCAUUGGAAACAAUUUGGAGAUUUCCUUGUUAUCCGGUUUGAAUGGUUCAUUUCGUAAAUUAAAUGUGGAUUAGUAUUUGAGGAUUGUAUAUAUUAAACAUAUAAAUUAGAAUUGUAUGUAUUUAACAACCAUCCAGAAGAAAUGAAUU